AUCUUCUUCAUUUUGCCAUUUUUCCUAUGAACUUGAUCACAUCAAAAACACGUCCAAACGGUUCCUGCCUUCCUGGUAGUCUUGUCUGUGAUUAAAUUUUUCGUUUAGUAAAGAAAUCUGUUUAAAUAUUGUGCCUUUGAACCGAUAACUUUUGGGGGUUUAUACUUAGUGGGGUUUUUUUUUUUUUUUUAAUUUCUUGGUUUGAUUUAUUAGUUGGUUGGGGAAUAAAAUCAAACAGGUGAUAAGCUAUGCAGAAAGACGAGGAUACAGUGAGACAGGAGCGAGUUGUUGAAGCUCGAGCUAGAAAUAUCAGUCACAAUGUAAGGUGCACUGAAUGUGGAAGUCAGUCCAUUGAAGACUCUCAAGCUGACGUUGCCAUUUUACUCAGGAAGUUGAUUCGGGAUGAAAUUCGAGCUGGAAAAUCAGACAAAGACAUCUACAAAAAGCUUGAGGAUGAUUUUGGUGAAACAGUGCUUUAUGCACCAAAAUUUGAUUUGCAGACUGCCGCCCUGUGGUUGUCUCCUGUAUGUCUAAUGCACCGCCUAGCAGUUUCCUUAAUGCUCUUUAAUUCUGUUGUUUAUGGAUGAUGGAUACUGAAUUCGGAGAUCUCCCUGUCUACCAGGUCUUGAUUGCCGCUGCAGCUGGUGGACUAUGGGCUUACCAAAAGCACAGACAAAGGACAAAUGUGCACAUCAUGGCCCUGAACCUAGUUAGAGGAGUUCCAUUGACUCCAAAGGAGAAGGAGACGAUGCUUGAUGUUCUAACGCCACCUCCUUCUGAAAAUAUCACUCCUUGGUGGAGAAGGUGAAUAGGUCCAUGAAGGCCCUUUGCUUACUAUCUAUCUUAUGGACUGCUGUCCUCUGACAAGAAGUAUCAACUCCUCCAUGGUAGCAACCUCCUCGCCAGGAGCAGUUGUUUAGGCUGAUAACCUUGUCAUAUGAAGUAGCUGCUCUGUUUAUUCAUGUAGCUGCGGCCAUUUGAGUUGUUUAUAAAUGUAUUUCACACUUGCAUUUUUCAGAAGUAAGCUAAUAUGAAGAAUAUAGGAUGAAUUGGUAGUGUUCUAGCUUUCGGAGUGCAAGAUACCACUGUGUAAUACUCCAUCUUAGUAAAAGCAGUAAACGAAGGCAGGUUACUGUCGACUGCUAAGAUAACUUUCAGACUUUGUGACCCGUGCUACGAUUUUCUACGAAGUUACAGUAACAGUCUUAUUUCUUUCUCCCCCA